GCGGCGCGCACGCAGGCCUCGCCACUCCCGGGCCUUCUCCCUCACGCCGGCCGCAGGGCGGGCGCGCACGCCGAGUGACGCUUGGAGGAGGAAGCGCAGCCCCCUUCCCCUCCCUCGCUGCCCCUGGCCCAGCGGGAGCCCCCCCAGUGCGCCUGUGCAGAGGCCUACUUGAUUAUGUGUGCCCUCUCCGGGCUCCAGCGUUAGCGGCCGGGUGGAGGUGGGGAGGGAAGAAGACGAGGAGGAGGAGGAGGAGGAGGCGGUGGAGGGGAGGUGGGGGGAGUCAGCAAGGACAUGGCUCCUGACUCCUGUGCGGAACGUGAGUGACUGAGCGGCAAAGCCCGAAUGGUCUCUAGCGACCGGCCCGUGUCACUGGAGGACGAGGUCUCCCAUAGUAUGAAGGAGAUGAUUGGAGGCUGUUGCGUUUGCUCAGACGAGAGAGGCUGGGCCGAGAACCCGCUGGUUUAUUGCGACGGGCACGGCUGCAGCGUCGCGGUGCAUCAAGCUUGCUAUGGCAUUGUUCAAGUACCCACUGGACCAUGGUUUUGCAGGAAAUGUGAAUCUCAGGAGAGAGCAGCCAGAGUGAGAUGUGAACUGUGUCCUCAUAAGGAUGGAGCUUUAAAAAGAACAGAUAAUGGCGGUUGGGCUCAUGUCGUUUGUGCCCUGUAUAUUCCAGAGGUCCAGUUUGCCAAUGUUUCUACAAUGGAACCAAUUGUUUUACAGUCUGUCCCGCAUGAUCGUUAUAAUAAGGCCUUCAUGAAAAAAUUUAAAUUAACAGGCCUCCAUCGAUUUGGAAAAAGUACUUGCUACAUUUGUGAUGAACAAGGAAGAGAAAGCAAGGCAGCCACUGGUGCUUGCAUGACAUGUAAUAAACAUGGAUGUCGACAGGCUUUCCAUGUGACCUGUGCUCAGUUUGCUGGACUACUUUGUGAAGAGGAAGGUAAUGGUGCAGAUAAUGUCCAAUACUGUGGCUACUGUAAAUACCAUUUUAGUAAGCUGAAAAAGAGCAAACGGGGAUCUAAUAGGUCAUAUGAUCAAAGUUUAAGUGAUUCUUCCUCUCACUCUCAGGAUAAACAUCAUGAGAAAGAGAAAAAAAAAUAUAAAGAAAAGGACAAACACAAACAGAAACAUAAGAAGCAGCCAGAACCAUCACCUGCAUUGGUUCCUUCCUUGACUGUUACUACAGAAAAAACUUAUACAAGCACUAGCAGCAACUCUAUACCUGGAUCUUUGAAGCGCUUGGAAGACACUUCAGCACGAUUUACAAAUGCAAAUUUCCAGGAAGUUUCUGCGCACACAACUAGUGCAAAAGAUGUUUCAGAGGCUAGAGGGUCAGAGGGCAAAGGGAAGAAAUCUUCAGCACACAGCUCAGGUCAAAGGGGAAGAAAGCCUGGUGGAAGAAAUCCAGGAACGGCUGUGUCAGCAGCUAGUCCUUUCCAGCAAGGUAGUUUUUCAGGAACUCCAGGCAGUGUAAAAUCAUCUUCGGGAAGUUCAGUGCAGUCUCCCCAGGAUUACUUGAGCUUUACAGACUCAGAUCUGCGUAAUGACAGUUAUACUCACUCCCAACAGUCAUCAUCAACCAAAGAUGUACAUAAAGGAGAGUCUGGAAGCCAGGAAGGGGGGGUAAAUAGUUUUAGUUCCAUAAUUGGUCUCCCUUCAACCUCAGCUGUUAUUUCACAGCCUAAAAGCUUUGAAAAUUCACCUGGAGAUUUGGGUAAUUCCAGCCUUCCCACAGCAGGAUAUAAACGGGCUCAAACUUCUGGCAUAGAAGAAGAAACUGUAAAAGAAAAGAAAAGAAAAGGAAAUAAGCAAAGUAAGCAUGGGCCUGGUAGACCCAAAGGAAAUAAAAAUCAAGAGAAUGUUUCUCAUCUCUCAGUUUCUUCUGCUUCACCAACGUCAUCUGUAGCAUCAGCUGCAGGAAGUGUAACCAGCUCUAGUCUUCAGAAAUCCCCCACGCCGCUCAGGAAUGGGAGUGUGCAGAGUCUUAGCGUGGGCUCCUCUCCGCUUGGUUCAGAAAUUUCCAUGCAGUAUCGGCAUGAUGGAGCUUGUCCAACAACUACUUUCUCAGAGUUGCUGAAUGCAAUACACAAUGGUAUUUAUAACAGCAGUGAUGUAGCAGUAUCAUUUCCAAAUGUAGUAUCUGGCUCAGGAUCUAGUACCCCUGUCUCCAGUUCUCAUUUACCUCAGCAGUCUUCUGGGCAUUUACAGCAAGUGGGAGCACUCUCCCCAUCAGCAGUAUCAUCUGCACCCUCCGCUGUUCCAACAACUCAGGCAAAUACCCUAUCUGGAUCUUCUCUUAGUCAGGCACCAUCUCAUAUCUAUGGCAGUAGAUUAAAUCCAAAUUCAUCAAUGGCAGCUCUCAUAGCUCAAUCUGAAAACAAUCAAACAGAUCAAGAUCUUGGAGACAAUAGCCGCAGCCUUGUUGGCAGAGGAAGCUCACCCCGAGGAAGUCUCUCACCAAGAUCCCCGGUAAGCAGCUUACAGAUCCGCUAUGAUCAACCGGGCAACAGCGGUUUGGAAAACCUGCCUCCAGUAGCAGCCAGCAUAGAGCAGCUUCUGGAGAGGCAGUGGAGUGAAGGACAACAGUUUUUACUAGAACAGGGCACCCCUAGUGACAUUUUAGGAAUGCUGAAGUCAUUGCACCAACUUCAAGUAGAAAAUCGAAGAUUAGAGGAACAGAUUAAAAACUUGACUGCCAAAAAGGAGCGCCUUCAGUUAUUGAAUGCACAGCUUUCAGUGCCUUUUCCAACAAUAACAACAAAUCCCAGCCCAUCUCAUCAAAUUCAUGCAUUUUCAGCACAGAAUGCUCCUACUACUGAUUCCUUGAACAGCAGUAAGAGCCCUCAUCUAGGAAACAGCUUUUUACCUGAUAAUUCUCUUCCUAUAUUAAAUCAGGACUUAACCUCCAGUGGACAAAGCACCAGCAGCUCAUCGGCUCUUUCUACUCCACCUCCUGCUGGGCAGAGUCCAGCUCAGCAGGGCCCAGGCGUUAGCGGAGUUCAGCAGGUCAAUGGUGUGACAGUGGGGGCACUGGCUAGUGGAAUGCAGACUGUAACAUCCACCAUUCCUGCCGUGCCUGGAGUGGGUGGAAUAAUUGGAGCUUUGCCAGGUAACCAACUGGCAAUUAAUGGCAUUGUAGGAGCUUUAAAUGGGGUUAUUCAGACCCCUGUCACAAUAUCCCAGAACCCUACCCCCCUUACCCACACAACUGUACCACCUAAUGCAACACAUCCAAUGCCAGCUACACUGACUAACAGUGCCUCAGGACUAGGAUUACUUUCUGACCAGCAAAGACAGAUAUUUCUUCAUCAACAGCAAUUUCAGCAAUUGUUAAAUUCACAACAGCUCACACCAGAGCAGCACCAGGCCCUUCUGUAUCAGCUGGUGCAGCAGCACCACCACCAGCAGCACCACCAGCCUGACCUCCAGCAGCUGCAGAUCCCGGGACCCACGCAGAUACCCAUCAACAACCUGCUGGCAGGCACGCAGGCGCCCCCGCUUCACCCAGCCACCAGCAAUCCGUUCCUCACCAUCCAUGGCGAUAACGCAAGUCAGAAGGUGACAAGACUUAGUGAUAAAACUGGGCCUGUUGCUCAAGAGAAAAGUUGACAUUUGAGAAACGUCUAGAAAUUGCCUAUCCUGCUGUUCUAGCACUUCAUCUGGCUGCCCUGGCAGUCUUCAACCACAGCUAUGAAGAAAUGCAACAAGAAACUAGCUGCACGACAAAGGGUGAAUCACCACAAGAACAUUCUUGUGAGGCUUUGAUUGAUUUUCUUGUUGCUUUGUUGCACUGAAAUGGAAUUCCUUUAUCCCCUACCCCUCACCUAGGUUUUUUGAACUUUGAAAGAAAAUUUAAUAACUAACUUUUGUCAAUGAAAUAAUUUACAUGCAAUGAGUUUAUCAACCUAAGAGAAAUUUAAUAUAGUUGGUGCACAACUAAUUUUGUUAUAAAUCGGAGAGGUGAAUAGCAAAACUAAAGACUUGUUAACCAUUUAUAAACUAUUUGAUUUUAUUGUACAAGUUGGAAUAUGAACUGUGAUCUUUUGUUUGGGUUACAGUAUGCUUGCUCUGUGAGUCAGAUCUUAAAACAAAUUUCAAGGAACUGUCUAAUUUCUUCUACUGGAGUUUUGUUGGUUAAAUAUUACAAAUAAGUAGGUCAUCCACUGGGACUUGGCAAUCUUUGUUAUAAAAAUUUCCUUUCUAAUGGGAUUUGGCCAAUUUUGGUAAUCCAGUUAGGAUGACAGAUUUCUGCUUCUGUUAAAGGUAAUUUUCUUUUGCUAAAAUGCCUUUUCUUUAGUGUUAAGACGUACUCAUAUUUUAAAGAAACCUUGAGUUAAGUGAGUUCUGAGGCUGCUGGGGGAACCAGAUCAGUUCAAAGUGAAACUGCUGGUAGGGUUUGGCCUGAAUCAAGUGCCUGUUAGUACCUGCCUUGUGCUGAAAUGGCUCUGGACGGCUGAGCCUGUGCUAGUCAGUCCUUGUAAGUAGUAGGAGUAGUCAGUGUUGCACCCGCAGCCUUCCCCAUGGUUCUGCCUUUAUUAAAAAACAUUCUAUGCCACUCUAGAUAGCUCAGGCAAAACUGUUUCUGGGUAUUUAUCCACUAAUGAGUCACAAGAAAAACGAGUGGAUUUGGUAAGAAUUUUCUUUUUUUUCUUAAGUUAGACAACUUCCCAUUAUUGACAAUGAUUUCAAGCAAACAAAAGACAAUAAACCCGCCACUACAGUUCCUGAAACAGGUGAAAUCUGUAUUACAGCCCUUCCACGUUGGGGAGCCUCACUCCUGGUGUGACAGUACGGCAGAGUAUGAAUUAAACAAUUGGGGAUGUAAUCAUUGAACUAUUCUUAAAUGUGUGAAUUAUUAGUGGAAAAGACCCAGCUGUAAUUAGACCUCCACUGUGUACUUAGCUGGAAGAACAUGUUAAUUCUGCAAUAUGUCUCUUGGUUAAACAUUGCACAGUUCUUACCUCAUUUCUGUAAAUAAGGUUUUGUGAAUCUGUUUUGUAUUGUGAAAAAUUCAUAAGAUAACAUUGAUAUUUUGAUUUGUAAUAUUUCUAAUUGGUAGAUUUAAUUGAAAAGUAAAAUUAAUUUAUUUUUAUAUGUUCAGGGGAAUUUUAAAGAAAAUCAGAUGUUUUGUAGAUAAUUAAAAAAAAAUCGGUGUGGUUUAUUUUACUUAUUUAACCCGCUGGUUGUUAUUCUGUAACAAUUUGUAUAAAUGGUAAAUUUUGAAUGUGUUGUUAUUUUACUUAGAUGUAAAAUUC